CCACAGUUAACGGGACCGCCUGCCCCAGGUCACCUCAAACCCUUCUCAUCCCACUUUUCCCUCCGGCUCUCCGGAAUCUCACCGGUCACUCGUCCCAUCAAAAACCCAGAUCAAAACUCCCACCGACCGGAUCCUUAGAGUUCGGCCGUUCGGAUUCUCCGAGAGAUGAUGAGUGGUCUAAGCAAGCUCGGGACAACGCUUUCCGUCGUCUUCUUCGUCUCGCUAAUGGCCCUGGUGGCCGAGCUCGUCUACCUCCUCUGGCGCCGGCGCCUUCAUCUCCAGCGGCGGAGCGGCCGGGGCCGAGUGAAGCCCGACGGAGGAGGCAAUGGUUCGCCGGAGGAAGCGGUGAUCGACCUGGCGAAGUUGCAGGCGAUGUACGGCACGUCGAGAGUGCUGUACACGAUCAAGGAGGAGGAGGAGGAGAGGGAGGAGGCGGAGUCCGAGAUGUCAGUGUCCGUGUCUUCUGUCGAAAUAGUGGCGAAGAAAGUCACUCUGGACGAGUGUUUCAGCGGGGCCGGAGAUGCGCUGGAAACCCAAACGACGCCGUUCACGACUCCGUGCGGCUCACCGGCGUACUAUACCCCGUCGGAUUCUCCGUCUCGGGAAUGUGAUGGGCCGUCGCCGGGGGAUGGCGUUUUUUCUGGGUUCAAGUAACGACGUCGUUUGUUUAGGUUAGAAGCUCACGGGGACUGAACCGGAUGAUUCCGAAUCUUUCCCGUGGAGUCGUUAGUAACAGUUGUAAGUUUUGAAUAAUAUAUGAUAUUUUUUUUUUUUAUAAAUAGUUUAAAUUUUUGAAAAAGCACAUGAAAUUUGAUGGCUUGUAAUGGGUUCAUUUGCUCCAGAAAUUGGCCCAGAAUGAAUCACA